AAGCAGGUAGGCAGGGUGACUUUGGGGCACGGGUCGACGUGAAAGCUGCUUGCACUGCCGCCGCCGCUCGAUUGCUGGCUCGCCUCCUCGUGGCUUCUGGAGCUGCCGUUCCACUCCGCGGGCUUCAGGAGGCGUCUCUCGGGGCCCCCGCGUGACGCCAAUCAACGACCGAGUCCGGCUGUCCCUUCUGCGCAGAGGACGCCGAGAGUGGGUGUCGCGACGACGCAAAGAAAAGCGCUGUUGGGUAGCGUCGCUUUCUGCGUUGACCUGUCAUCGUCACGGUGAGGCGUCUGUCGAAGUCUCCUGCCUCUGGACCCCGCAGCUCAGGAGGUCCCUCUUGGACGAUCCAAAGGUCUGCGUGACGUCCUCUGCCGGAAGAGCAGUGAGAGCCACCGCAUGGUCAGAAAAGGAGCCGGUUGACGUCAUCGACAAAUCCCGUGACCCGGCCGUGGUUCUUCGUCCCUGAAGGAUGCUCUUAAUCGGCGAGUGACACCGAACUGGCCAACGCGAGCGCGAGGGUAACUCCGCAAGUUAACGUGCCUAGCCAAGAGCACCGGUGUCGAGCUGCACUGACCUGCACAGUGCCGUGCCCAAACCAGGAAUAAGGAAGGACUGCCAUCAUUUAUCUACUUCUCUGACAUCUCGAAGCACCGAGGGGAACCAGCACGGUCUGAAUAAAUUCGCUAUCACCGUUAUGGGGUGCCUGGGCUCCUGAUCAUGAAACAAAGUGUUCACGUGCGUGUUCUCCAUGUCGACUGCGUUUAAUGGAGGAACCGGCUUCUUGAUUGGAUACGCGCUGUGAUUCCACUGGUUACUGGUUUGCCACGACGUGUUGAUCUACUUGUUUUCUUUUGUUUUAUUCUCCCGGAUACGCAAGCAUCGGUGAUUUGCUGACUUCUUCGUUCCGUGCGAUGGGCGUAGUACGUUGGAGUAUUCACCGGUCUCUGGGACGCUCUCGACAUGUCGGCGGAACUCAGUCUGCAAGGGGAUGACUUCACCCGGCAGAUGUGGCACAUGUACAACACUUUCGAGGACGUGGUCGUGGGAGGAACGCUGCCGCCUACUGACCAGCCGGCCGCCGGUGACGCCCAGCAGCAACAGCAGCAGCACACCUUGCCGCCGAGUCAACAACCGCCACCGCCAGCAGCAGCCGACGACACUGCAGCUCCUGCCGCCAUCGCUGUCGGCGGCCUGCGCGGAGACGACGCUGCCACCCCGGCACAGACGACGGCCGCUCCGCGACCGCCGAAGCCCGUCCGCAUCCCGUCGUCGCCCGACGUGCGGCGAGACGCGUCGUCGCCGACGGCGUCGCCCGGCGCCCGCCGGAAGAAGAGGCCAAUGUCUCAGCGCUGCUCGUACGCUGCUUGCGGUAGCAGCGGAAGCAGCACCAGUAGUAGCAGUAGCGGCAGCCAGCAGCAGCGAAGCUCCCUGUCUUCCUCCGGCAAUCCGCUGCUGGACACGAUUGGCUCCAUGACGUACGACCCUUGCUGCGAGUCGGACGACUACUACGACCUCGCCAGCGUGUACCUACAGCGGCGCCAGGCGCGCCAGCACAGCGACGGCGAGUCCAUCGCGUACGCGGGCUCUAUCGACAGCGGCUACAAGAGCCUGUGCCCGACGCCCGAGAUACCGGACUACGAUGCCGAGGCCAAAUCUUCCAGUAAGGCUGCCGUCGCUCUGGCACAACCCUCUACGGCCGCCGCGACGUCCAGGCUCGCAGCACCUGCUUCCGCGGGAGGACAACAGGGCCACAAGCCGACGCAGGAGGAGCUUGACGCCGACCUGGACCACCUGAUGCAGCUGCGCCAGUCCCUGCUGACGGCCAUUGCUCGUUGCGAGUCACCGGUGAGUCCGAAGAGCAGUAGCAGCAGCCCCCGUGCGGGCUCGGCGGGUGACAAGACGGUGAGGUUCAGCACCGAGAAGCUGACCUCGGCGCCCUCGUGCUCGCCGGCCAAGGCACCCGGAACGCGGGCCAAGCCUAUCCUCAAGGACCCGCUUUGCGCCAAUCUACGUGCCAACCUCGAAAGGCCCGACAGUGGUGGGACCUUGGAAGAAGAGAUCGACAGCCUCCUUUGUGGAGGCAAACCCGACUACUACGACCUGGAUGCCCGGUUCCCGCCGUCAACGUACGUGACCAUGGUUGAGGAGAAGUACCGCUCCAACGCGGGAUACAGCGUCGCCAAGGUCAAGUGCUUGAAAGAUAAAUGCCAAGAGACCUCCAAAGACCAUAAUAACGCAGCGUUGACAGCCGAACCAAGCCGACGUUCUCAAAGUCACAGUAGGCAACAGCACCAAAAGCCACAACACCACCAACUGGAUACCAUACCACUGGCAAUGGGCACGUACAACCCCCCUAUUGCUCCUAUUGAGCCAACUGUUUCGCGCUCAGAGAGGAGUGUCACUGGCCACCCUGUACCCGCACCGCGCGUUACAGCCACUCACGGCAUGACCGCUGCCGGCAGUGUGAAGCCGUGUUCUGUCAAGCCUACCAUCAUGCGCUCUGCCAAGUCACGCUUCAACGAGGUCGCCAAGUGCAUGCUCGAGAUUAUCGAGGACCUUCAGCACAAGAAGAUCACGGAGCCUCGACCAGCGAAGAUUUCUUCCAGCAAGCUGUCCGUGACGGCUACAACAGCUGCCUCGUCUGCAUCGCAGCCUCUACGGGACACUCACAUAGGUGGUUCCAGAGGAGGGCCCACAGCGGUGCAGUCACAACAACAGCAGCAGCAGACACAGAGGCCACUCUCAGACUCGGAGUACCACGUCUACGAGGAGGUCUUGUACGACUUUGUGAAUUCGGCCGGGAGUGUGACGUCAGAGCUUCAGCGGCCGCCCCCGCCACUUCCGGCGAGGCCCAGUGAACCAGGCCACCGACCCAAGCAGAGGAGCAACCUGUACUCUCUUGUACGCAACCAGGAGGAGAGGCGCAACAUAUCGAAGUCGCUCGAACAGGAAUGGUCCGGUGACCGGGCAGGACGGUUGGAAGACGAGUACGGGUUUCGCUCUGUGACCAACUCUUAAGACUAUGUGCGAGCGUCGUCAGGUGGUCAGGACUAUCUGGCUUCUCAUGGGUGACCAUCCGGAUUCGACUGUGCACGCGUCAGUGUAGGGACAUUCUGACGUCAUACAUCGCACUACCCGGCUGAAAUUGAGGAGCUCUCGCUGCAGUCAGUCGUUGGCGUGAGAGCUCGCGCAUGGAUGUGAAUACAAAGCGACGCUGGACUUGCGCGUGUGUGCAACCUUUGACAACAUAGUGACUUCCUCGGACUACGCGAGUGCUCACAUGAGUGCGUUUAUCAAGCGCAUCCUCUUAAAGACUAAUGGGUCAAACAAAAUAUUUAAACCUCUCAGGGGAUACAAAAGCCCAUGUGUUCAUAUGUACUACGCUUUGUGCAUUGUGACUGCGGAGUAUGGGCAAACGGUGAGAAAAAAAAUGAGGCAAUGUCACUGAUGUGGGCAUGCUCCCUCUUCAAUUGUUGUGGCCUCACAAAUAAUGCACGCGGACAUGCUACCGAACGUUUUGGCCAACGUUAGUAUUUAGAUAUAUAUGGCUUGUUCAUAUAGUUGUGGCCAAAACUUACGUAACAGGGAAGGAACCUUGUUGAAAUCUUCAGUGUUCUCCAAUUUUACUGAAAUAUUUGUGAACAUAUCAAUUGCGAAUUAGAAUUGAGUUGAGAGUGCACAUUUUUAGCCGAUUUAUGUGGAGUUGAAUGUUAUGACAGUUCAUCAACACAAAAUAUUCGGCAAUUACCUGAGCACUUUUCUGCACAAUCAUCAGCACUGCAAUACAGUUCAGAUAAUCUGUUUCUUGUUGGAAUCCUCCCCGGCGCAUUAGUUUUUGUUUGGCCUUGAAAUAUAUCAGCAAUGUGUUGCCAUAUUUGCAAAUGAGAUGCGCUGAUUAUCUCGGCAGCUCGGUACAGGCACCUUACAGAAAAACGUGAACUUAAUUAGUUGCUUUCAAGCAGAAAUAGUGGCUCUCAAAUAGCAUCGACAGUGCUUAAUCGUCUCAUGACGUUUUAUGCCUCAGAAAAUAGUUGAGAGCUCGUAGCCAGUGUGUCUGAAUAUUGUUCGAACUUUUUAUGGUCAUUGCAGCAUUGACAACUUGGCCGAGCUUGUCUUUUCGUAUUUUCUGGGUGGCAUUUGUUUUGCAAACAUGAGAACACGAGACAUUUGGCUGCUAUCAACCGCACGCUGUAAAAAAAUUUUCAGAACAACCCUGAGUCAGAUUUUCCAAGCAAAUCAGUGCUGGAGGCAGUGCUUUCCUGUGAGUUAUGGUGGUUAGCCGAACUAUCUACGGAUGUUAAUUGCAUUAGAGAGGCCUAAGUGAUAUUGUAAUGGGAAAAAAUGUAGUGCUCAUCACCUCUAUUUCAUCAGGCCCCGAACUAGACUGACACAAAAAUACAAUGUCUUAGUUUCCAUACUGGCCCUUUAAAAUCCAUGAUCUCACCUCUCGGACAUCACCACGAGCAAACGGGGUUGAAAUUCAUGAAGUGACCUCGUAUCGAACCUUUCACACCAUAUCUACAACACUAACUCUGGUUCUCAGAACAUCAUAGCAACCAUAUAGUGUGGUCUCUUAACCACACGUGGUCUCUUAACCACAAAGUGUGGUCUCUUAACCACAAAGGUUCGUCACUAUGCUCGGUUACGUGAAACGAUGGUGUCUCUAGUAGUCAGCUUGGUGCUGUUGUAAAGAUACGUAAACACCAUCUUUAUCGCGUUGCGGAAGAGGUCAUCUACUGCACACACAAAAGCGUAUAGGGCAGCUCCGGGGUUAUCAGCUCACAGCUUGGUGAUCGGGCGUUAUCGUCUGGUAGCUCAGUUAUGUGUCACUGCCAUAUUGCUCUUUUUGAAAAACGUUUGAAGCUUUUGCAACGAUAGUAGCAUUUGUGCAAGCCUAUACAACAACAACCUUGUCGGUUAGAUAAAUAGUUGGUGUUCCGAACUUCGAUGUCUGUCAGUACAGUCCUAAGCAUAAUAUCACAGAUACCGAAUAACUAUCUCCAAGAAUCAUUGCACAACUUUUUUUUUCUGUAAUGUAAGGGAGAUUUAUGCUAAAGUACAGAAAAUGUAAUUAUUCAUACAUACCCUUUAGUAUAGCUCAUCAUCGCAAGCUACAGCCCAUGCAAUCGCAGUUACACAAUGCGGUGAUUUCGAAUCGAUACUUAAUAUGCAAACCAGAAACGCUCUGCGUAUUUGCUAUUUAGUUCAAAAAAAAAUGGACACGUUCACCUUCAAAACUGCUUUAUCAGUAAUUCACAAAUGGCCACAGAAGUGUUGAGGUGGUAGUCAAAACUUAACGAAGUGUGCCGCUUCAACGUCUACGUUUUAAGGUGCGUAGUAAUAGAACUGACCGCACGGUCGAUGCUAUUUUCAACGCAGGGGUACAUGUCUAAAAAACAAAGAAAAAAAAAGUUGACACAUUACAUUGUUACUCUACACACUCAAAUUAAGCAAAUUAGCACAAAGUAUGUUCUCAACGCAGUCACGACUGUGUGCCUCAUGCAAGAUAAUCAGUAUAGUUUUUCCUAUUUAACCUAACGUUAUUGUUGUCAAGCUUGAUAGCUAGCACGCACAUGCCAGACACUGUGAAGAUUUACUUCAAACGGGCACAGUGGCAGACUACUGUGGUACUGCGCUCCUUCAAAACUGCUUAUCUGUCUCAUUGGUCCGCACGCAAGGAGGAAAUUGUUAGCCGUGUAAUCUGAAUGACGACUGCCAAACUAUACUUCCUCGACACCUUUUGUGUGGGGACUACAGUGCUAAUUACUUCAACAUGUGAUAUUCUCAGUUGAAGAUUUUUUAGAUUUUUUGUUUUUAUGCAGAACACUUGUGAAAGUUUUACUGUUUUUUUUUUGCGUGCUAUUACGCCUGCUACAGUUAUAAGCACACGAACUCAUCAGAACAUUUUAAAGUUUGACGGAAUGUGGACCUGUUUUCCAAGUGUAGUUGUAACAUACUUCAUCAGGUAACUGUCCCGAUGCAUCUUGCCGUAUCACACUAUGGGUAUAGAAAGCUGCACCAAUGACCUAUUAGAAAUAAGCAACUAUUAAUAGCAUAUUUACAGCACACAUUAAUCUAAUUCUUCGCUACUCAUUAAGCAUUCUUAUCCUUCUUUAUGAUAGUUGAAACAAAAGCUAUGAAGAAACUGAUUCGAAAGUGCGUAGUAUACGAUCCCGUUAUACUAUAAACGUUUCAUACUGUAAAGUGGUGCGCGUAACAGGGUAUUCUGAGGAGCCUUCAUAUGAACGCACUUACACACAAUCUGCAGUCGCAAGUUCCAGACACCUCACGCAACCAUUUAUGUCUACAACAGGUAGGUCGUUUAUAUUUAUCUCGCAUCACUCGACAACAAACUGCAUGCACUUUUAUCGCCUCAGGGUAUCAGUCUAAGACCACUACAAGGCGUUCUGCACAGUUUGCAUGUCCAGUGUACACCUUCCUCCACCUCUACAUAAGGUGCAGCUUGUUAACUCUGACAUAUCAUGCUUGGAAGACAAAAUACCGCACGCAUAUCGUCUACGUAAAUGUUGUUGGAUGAUUAUUCUUUGCAAAUGAUUAUUAUUGGUUACAACUUGCCUGCAUAUUUACCUCAACCCACUUACAUACGCAUAAAUGUUUGUUGGCACUGCAUCAUGACGCAAGUGCAACGCGGAAUUGCGCGAUCGGAAUCACCGUUAGUAGGCAGAUAUAUAGACGUUGUGCACCCAUUGAAGAAACAGAUCUCGAUCUUACACAUGAGCAACAGUUUGAAGAACUUUUCCCGGACUGCCCCGACUUUCGUUACACGCCAAAUUCAGAAAACGCUCCUUGAAUGCAGAAUUUGACUUUCCACCGCCUUCGAUGCAGCACAAACGCGCUGCUUUGGGCGGUGCCAAGGCAGCACAAACGCACAAACGUGUUUCACACGCGCUGCAUUCAAGGCGGUCCCGGGCAAUUCGAAUUCCGGUCAAGGAGCAUUUCUGCACGCGGGAUCACAUAGACGUCAUUACCCAACAAAAGAAAUAAGGCUGUACUAUUUUUCCGUCGUUCAAAAUCCAAACUACCAGCACGCCGUUAGGCUUCGCCCUGAUGGCGGGCUACUCGAGGCAACGUAUGACCUCCCAUAACGGAAUAUGUGCUGUAAUGUUUUGCGCUGGUGCGACACUCCUAGUUUCGACAGUGAAGCAUUUUGUGUCACUGAUUCUUUGUCUGUGUAAAGAAAACGCUUGUCUCUCCCCAAAGCAGACAUAUCCUGAAAAGAAGUGUUGUACUAACGAUUGCUUGCGCUCAGCUGCAGGCUUUCACGUUGACAUAUACUCAUGUUCAGUUUUACAUCUAGGCGAAGACGUCUGGAGGAAAAAAAAAUGUAUAUAGAGAUGUUUCGGUUUUAAGAACUGCCCCCAUGAUAUAUUCACGCAUAUCGAAAGUUUACGUGAUGAAAAGAGUAGAACAUGUAUAUUUCAGUACGUGAAAUAAAUGUCUGUUUUUUUACGCCU